AUGGCGCGUCAUUCGCCCACCGUCGCCAGGAUUCGUCGCGUGACGUUCCUGGUGGCCUUCUCCGGAUUCGCCGCGGCCUCGUCGGUGACCAAGGCGCCCCUGCGCCCCGCGAAGCUCGCGCUCAACGCGCCGCGCGUGUCGCCGAGCCUCCUCAACCUCGACGACACGUUCCUGAACGUGGGCGGCGAGAACGCGUGCUCGGGCCGGCUGCUCAACGCCGACGAGGAGGUGGCCCUCGCGCGCGAGGUCCAGCGGCUGCGGUCCUACGAGGACGUGCGCGCGACGCUCGGCGAGGAGCUCGGGCGGGCCGCCGAGGACGUCGGCGAGGCGGCCUGGGCGCGCGCGCUCGCGGUGUCGGCCGACGACCUCCGGGCCGCGCGGUCGCGCGGCGUCGACGCGCGGUCGACGCUCACGAGCGCGAACCUGCGCCUCGUCGUGUCCAUCGCGAAGCGCUACCGCUUCUGCGGCCUCGCCCAGGAGGACCUGCUCCAGGAGGGCGCCUUUGGCCUCUCGCGCGCCGUCGAGCGCUUCGACCCCGAGCGGGGCUUCCGGUUCUCGACGUACGCGACGUUCUGGAUCCGCCAGGCCGUGCUCCGGGCCUGCGCGGAGCAGAGCCGGGUCAUCCGCCUCCCGGCGCACGUCCACGACCAGCUCGCGUCCAUGCGCAAGGCGUCCGCGGAGCUGAGCCGGCGCCUCGGCCGCGACGCGACGGACGACGAGCUCGCGGACCACCUCGAGCUCGAGAAGCCGGAGAAGCUCGCCUUCCUCCGCAGGUGCGCCGCCCAGGACCCCUCGUCCCUCGACGAGAAGCACGCCAUCCACGCGGGCCGCGGCUCGUCCGUCGGCGGCGGCGGCGCGGCGGGCGCGACGACGAUCGCCGAGUCGCUGAGCGACGACACAAUCCUCGUGCCCGACGAGUUCGUCGCCGAGGCGGCGAGCCGCGAGUACGUCGGCGAUUUGCUCGCCACCGUGUGCAACGACCGCGAGCGCGACGUCCUCGGCAUGCGCUUCGGCCUCUACGGCAACGCGCCCAUCAGCAAGACGAAGAUCGCGGAGCGCCUCGCCGUCUCCCGCGAGCGCGUCCGCCAGAUCGAGGUCCGCGCGCUCACGAAGCUGCGCCAGACGCACAGAGCGAACCGCAACGAGGAGUACGCCCGGUCCCGGUGA